CGGCAAAGCUGAUAUUGUCGACUGUUGCGCGCGUUGUCGCUGGAUGCUGCCGUUCAGUAUUGCAGCGAAUCCCGUCCGGAGUGCGUUGUAUUUCUUCUCUAUAUAGUGUGUUGCGGGUGGUUAACCGAUUUCCAACGGAGUUGAGACGGAAAGAAGAACCCGGUGCCUCAAGCCUGCUUCCCCAGCAGUUGUGUCGUCGUUUUCGGUGGACCCACUUCCGGAGAUUGCCUCACCACCACCCUCCCGCUCCUAUGAGGGCCUUAUACGGCCGGCGAUGGGUUCUCCCAUUUGGACAAAUCAGACACUGAAACUCUAAAUCCCAUCAGACCAGAGACAACACUCCGGAGCCCAUCAUUGCCUGUUGGAUCGCUCAAGCCGUCGGUCGGUCGUUCGCUCGGAAGGUCGUCGCCACCUGCCGGAGUUUUGAUAGAUAAUUUCCCUUCGGCUUGUUCAGUGCACGCUGCGCCCUGUAAUGAAUUAAAUUGGUUUGUUACUCAUUUAAUUAAUAUAGGCUAAUUAAUAAGCGUGAGAAGUGUGCUGCUGGUUGCUUUCGACAUUUUUUUCCCUCUUUCCAUUGCUUCCAUUGGAGAAGGUGAAUAUACAAACACAUUCGGUCUGGAAGAAAACAGGGGAAGACACGUGAGCCUGCAGAAAGUGAAUCUUCCCACGUCAGGGUGUGUUCUGUGGUGCAAAUUGGGCGAGCGCGGGUCAACGACGCUGAUGCCAUCACCGUCGCCGUUGUCUGUGAUCUCCAGAUCGUUACUCGAGUGAUGCAUAAUUAAACAGUGAGAGAGCUUAGCGGAAAUGGAUAUGCGUAAUUGAAAGUGUAUACGACUUUUAUAACUGUGCUGGUUAGAAUCGAUGUUCUGGUGAAGACAGAAAUAGAAUGCAACUGGAGAGUGAUUAAAUUUCUUUAUAAAAAAUAUGAUAACUGAAUUUUUGGAAUGAACAUGAAGCUGUUCGAGUGAGUGGUUCGGGAAGAAGAAACCUAUCGGUCGGAGGAAAUUGCAGGAAUAGAAUUAUUGUGCUGAACGUAACGAGAGCUUCAAACUGUCGGCAUUGUCCAUAAGAAACUUCUCAGCUAACAUGCUGAACAAUCUGAGUGCAGCCGGACUGGGAGGGCCAAAAGAGUGCGACCUGCCCAAGGCAGGCAUCACGUCGCUGCACGGUGGCAACAGUUUUGGUCCGGUUCCAAACUCGGCCAGCUCGGACAGCAAUGGAAACCGGUUGCACGUCAACAGUGGCGGAUCGACCGGUGGUGGCGGCGGGGGUGGCCUCUGCGAACCGCACAACAUUCACCAGGAUCAGCAUACCGACAAAAAUGGCAAACAGAAGAGGCAUCGAACUCGCUUUACCCCGGCUCAGCUGAACGAACUGGAACGGUGCUUCUCGAAGACGCACUACCCGGACAUCUUCAUGCGGGAGGAGAUCGCCAUGCGGAUCGGGCUGACCGAGUCGCGUGUUCAGAAGGAUCUCCCCCAAAAUAUUCAAAUUGCGUCCAUCGAUCGAAAACUCCAAAGCAUUCAAGUAUGGUUCCAGAACCGGCGUGCCAAGUGGAAGAAACGGAAGAAGACCACCAAUGUGUUUCGAACGCCUGGAGGACUUCUGCCGUCGCACGGUUUGCCACCGUUCGGAGCCAACAUUACCAAUAUUGCCAUGAGCGAAAGCUUAUGCGGGACAUCGAUGUUCGGCGGCGACCGGUGGGGAGUGGGUGUCAACCCAAUGACUGCCGGGUUCGGUCAAUUGAAUCAAACCUCGUCUCUGACGUCCUCCCUGAACAGCGGGUUGAACUCGGGGAUCAAUAUCUCGUCCGCUAUGGGAGCCGGCGGCUAUCACAACUACGGACUGAACGCUUUGGAUAUUGCCUUUCCAGGUGAUACCAUGAUGUACCAGCACUCGGUAGGUGGCGUUGGUUGCACGGGAGGCUCACCUACUUCGACCCCGCCAAAUAUCAACGCUUGCUCGUCGUCGACGCCGCCGUUAUCCAGUGGGCAACAGCAACAGCAACAGCAGCAACAGCAGCAGCAGCAGCAGCAACAACAACAGCAGCAACAACAACAACAGCAACAGCAAGGUGCUAGUCAGAACGAACCCAACGCCAACGGGGAUAUGUCCAACCAAGGUGCUAACCCGCACAACAUCUCCAACUGUCAAGGCCUAAGCUCGGGCGGUGCCGAGGGUGCCGAAGAUGACGUCUGGCGAGGUCACAGUAUAGCCGCCCUGCGGAGACGGGCCUCGGAGCUGAAUCAGACGAUGCCCUCGUACUUGCACGCGCAUAACUACGAUCACCACAAUUCGGUGUACUGACUGCAGUUAUUUAAGUAAAAACGACGAAGACGGCGGCCAACGAUUCAUCGGGCGUUCUUGUAUAAAAUAGAAUGAAGGGUAAAGUUGCCGCAACCAUAUAGAGAGUGGACAUUCUCCAAAAAAAAAACCGAUACGUACAGCAAGAAGCAACGGAGCCGAACUUUGCCAUACCAGUAUUACACGAAUGUAUCAUCAAAUUUAGUUAAUUUUUCUACAUUUAUUUAAGCACUUUAAUCGAUGUAAAGUAGGACUCGAUAAGAAACCAAGUAUACGAUCAAACAAAUUGCUCCAGUGAAAACAUGUAUACGACUUUUCAAUAACUCUAGAAACACAAGUAAGGCAAAUUUAUUUCCAAUUCUGAAGAAAAGAAAAAAAACAGCAAUUGUGUUCAAAUUCAAAACACAGCAUACUUCUUUCGCUUUCCAAAAUGAUAAAUAAGACUUAAGCAAAGCAAAAAAGGAAAACACAAGUGAACGAAACCAAGUAUACGAUUGCGUUUGCACCAAAAGCAAAACCAAGCAAAAAGAAAGUAAAACUCAAUGAUAAUAAACGCAAUUUGUGGUAAACAGUAAUCCUAUUCUACCCGUCAGUAAAAGUCUAUUUAAGGAAACCAAAUUUAAUGCAAACAAACAAAAAAAGAACAAGGAAUCAUUUAACCUAUUGCAUCGGAAAGUAAGUUACGGAAUGCACAAAGCAGCACAUUUGUGUAUUAACUGUAUAUAGAUGGAAAGCAACUACAUAAGCGCGGAAACGCAGUUCCAAAAUGUCUUUAAGCAGUCUAUAGGAAGGGACAACAGUGUAAUGUCGUUUUUUCGCAAUUGUUUUUUUUUUCAGUUUCUUGUUUGUUACCUAGAACUAGCAUUUUGCAAUAUAAUUUAUUUUUGUACAAAAGGGAAAAGAAAUCUUCUUGAAGCUCAUUUUGUACAAAA